AUGCGCUAUGCGCACGCGUACGUUCAAUUCGUUGCAACAAUAGCAGCGUUCUAUGGUCUAAAUGGUUCUGGGUGGAAUUGCAGUUGGCUGGUCAAGAACAAAAAGUUCUCGGGCGACCUGCAGGAUUUCAAGAAGAAGCUCGAGCAGAUCUGGUUCGGCCUCUACCGGCGCGAAGUGCGCAACGACUCGUCGGGCUUCGAGCACGUGUUCGUGGGCGAGGAGAAGAAUCAGGGCAAGAUCUGCGGCUGCCACAACUGGCUGCAGGUCUACAACGAGGAGCGCAACGGCCGCAUCGACUACAGGGGCUAUAUCCGCCCCAAGCAGCGUGGCUGCAGAUUCAUGGAGCCGCACAACAAGGAGCAGCUCAUCACGUUCCAGUUCCAGUGGGAAGACGAGAUGAAGCCUGUGUCCACGAGCUUGAUCGGUGUGAGCCCCGAGUUUGAGAUGGCGCUGUACACGAUGUGCUACCUGAACGGCCAGGAGAACAACCACGUGCAGCUAGGGCCGUACCUGUGCAACAUCAAGUGCUUCAGUUUCGGUCGCGGCAAGGACGCCAAUAUCGGCACGGCCUUCCCGGAGGCGCUGCCGCUGACGGAUCAGCAGGCCGCGACCAAGAUUCAGGCUAUUAUGCGUGGUCGCCAUGCCCGUGUGCAGAACCCUCACGUCCGUCGUCAGGCACCGCCUCCGCCUCCCGGUGCCGCCUGGGGCCCGCCGCCCGGAGGUGCCGCCGCUCCAGCCCCGCAGACCACCAAUUCCACCGGAAACGCGUGGGCGAAGCCGCUCACGAAGCCUGCAGCUCCGACGCCCAGCGCUGCUGCGCCUGCAGGUCCUAAGCCCACCGGAGCAUGGGCCCAGCCCCACAAGUGGUAGGCAUAGAGCGACCCACUUGCACAUAGUUCAGCAUGCUGUCGCUCUGCA